UAGCCUUGAAAUUUGGAGAAGAAUCAACCUUGACAAGAAGAUGAGAGUAACAUUUUGUAAACACAAUAUAACUUCUAUUACAACACAGCAGUUUGAGGAGCCCGUGAUUAGUAUAAAUAAACCCGAGAAGGAGUGUCCACAUCAAAGUGAAUCUUCAUCUCACUGAUAACACACCAAACAUGAAAACCGCCAUCGUACUCUGUGCCAUCGUGGCUUGCGCCGCCGCCGCCUCCGUGUCUUCACAGGAUCCCAUCCCGAUCGUCAAGCAAGAGCAAGAAGUCAAUUUCGAUGGAUCUUACCACUCAUCUUACGAAACUGGAAACGGGAUUUCAGCUUCGGAAGAGGGCACCGUAAAAAAUGCCAACAACCCCGAAACUGCAGCUGCUGAAGUUACGGGCUCGUUCAAAUACACCGGAGAUGAUGGAGUUGUGUAUACGAUCGAGUACGUUGCCAACGAAAAUGGAUUCCAGCCUAGGGGCGCCCAUAUUCCUGUAGCUCCCGAAAUUCCCGCUGCCAUUGCGAGGUCUUUGGAGUACAAUGCUGCUCAUCCCGAACCUGAAGAACCUGCUCGCAGGAAAUUGUAAAUGACUUUGGUAGAGACUGCUUUUUAUACUGAUGUACAUAUUAAAGUCACUUAACGUGAAAUAAAAGAAUGAAGUUGUACUACA